AUGAAGGCCUUUGUUUGUGUUUUGGCUUCAUUGGCUGUGGUCAGCGCCGGUGGCCACGGCGGCUAUUUGCCAGGUGGUGGUGGUGGCUUUGGAGGUAGCUUUAGUGGUGCCAGCUCUAGUGCAAGUGCUGGAGCCAUAGCUGGAGGAUAUGGUGCCGGAGGACUUGGUGGAUAUGGCGGUGGUCAUGGUGGCAGCUUUGGAGGUGGUCAUGGUGUUGGCCAUGGAGUUGGACAUGGUGGUGGCUUUGGCGGUGGCCACGGUGUUGGCUUUAGCGGUGGUCACGCUGGUGGCUUUAGUGGUGGCCAUGUUUCGAAAAUUUCAGCUCCUGUUGCUCUCUAUACUGCUCCUGCAGUUUCUUAUGGUGGUAGCGGCGGUUAUGGUGGUGGAGCUGGAUGGGCUGGCAAAUCUGUCGGUGGCGGUUUUGGUGGUUCCGGUUGGGCUGGCAAGUCUGUAGGAGGAUUUGGUGGUGGUGCCGGUGGUUGGGCUGGCAAAUCUGGUGGAGGUUUUGGAGGCCUUGGUGGAUUUGGUGGUGCUGGAGCAUCAGCUGGUGCUUAUAGUGGUUCCUCUGGUUGGGCUGGCAAAUCUCUUGGUGGAUUUGGUGGUGCUGGCGGUUAUGGCUCUGGUGCAGGUUGGGGUGGUAAGUCUAUUGGUGGAUUUGGUGGUGCUGAUGCAGGAGCUUUCAGUGGUGGCUCAUCCGGUUGGGCUGGCAAAUCAGCUGGUGGAUUUGGUGGCCUUUCUGGCGGUUACAGUUCUGGUGCUGGCUGGGGUGGUAAAUCUGUUGGCGGUGGUCUUGGUGGCGGUGCUGGUUGGGCCGGUUCUGGUGCCAGUAGUUAUGCCUCCAGUUCUUCUUAUGGCAAAGGCUCUUCUGGUUGGUGGUAA